AUGGAUAUCGAAAAAGGCAAAGAGAAAUGCAAAACCAGCGUCCCGUCGGGCUCAUCCAGCCCAGUAAUCGUCGGAGACGUGAUUGAGACUGAAGCCGAAGUGUUUGGCGGCGGCGAGGGCGCAGUCAAUUUUCGCAACGUGGGAUGGAUACGAGCGGCCAUGUUCAUGCUCAAGAUGACGUUUGCCACGGGCGUCUUGUCACUCCCUUCCGCCCUGAAUGAUCUGGGCGCCGUUCCUGGUGCCAUUUUCAUCCUGUUUUGGGGCUUGGUCAACAUGUACAUGGCCGUGAUCCAGGGUGAAUUCAAGCUCCUGCACCCGUCGCUGCAUACGGUCGCCGAUGGUGCAGAAAUUGCUGCACUUCAGCUCAGUUCUGGGUCCAAGAAAUGGGCACUGGUCUCCAAAGAGAUCACCGAGUUUUUGUAUCUCGUCUCUUGGAUACUUUGUACUGGACUCUCGAUUCUAGGUCUCUCCAUUGCGCUCAAUGCCGUCACUCACCAUGGCACGUGUACUGUUCUGUUUGCCUUUGUCUCUUAUAUCGUGGUUUCCACGAUUGGAAGUAUCCGAAAGAUUGAGAAGACUGCAUGGAUCACCUGGGUCGGCUUCAUUUCAAUCGUCGUGGCCAUCCUGGUGGUGCUCAUUGCAACGGCCAUCCGCGACCGACCCGCGUCCGCACCUGCCACUGGCGAUUACGACUUGGGAUUCUCGGCGUUUCCAUCAUCCAGCGUCACAUUCGCCAGUGCAUGGUCAGCCUCGCUCAUUAUCUACGCCUCCUCCGCAAACACCUCUGGCUACGUCCCGGUCAUUUCGGAAAUGAGACAACCCCGACACUACUUUCGGAGUGUCUAUGUCACCAUGACCUGGAUCAUUGUGUCGUACAUGGUCAUUGGCAUGGUCAUGUAUCGCUACGCCGGUCAGUGGCUGGCUACACCGGCACUGGGUUCGGCCGGCCCGACCAUCAAGAUUGUGUCGUAUGCCAUAUCGAUCCCGGGUCUGAUUGCAGGCGGUAUGAUUUGCGUUCAUAUCUCGGGGAAAUCCGUUUUCGUCCGGGUCCUGCGCGGCUCCAGGCAUUUGACUGCCAAUACUUGGCAACAUUGGACGGUCUGGCUCGCAUCAACCUAUGGUACAGGUCUCAUUGGCUGGUUGAUCUGCGAAGCGAUUCCCUUUUACGGGUCGCUGGUCUCUCUGAUUGGUUCCCUGGGUUUUGGGCCGUUGGGUAUUUGUCUUCCUGCCAUCAUGUGGUUCUGUAUGCAUCCCCAGUACCGCGCGGGCACACUACGUAUGAAAGUCAUGUGGUGGCUUCACGUGGCAAUCUUUGUCAUGGGUCUGUUUGUCACAAUUGGUGGUACGUUUGCGAAUGUUGUUGUAAUCAUUGAGCAGUUUCGCGAGGGCGCAGUGUCUGGAGUUUUCCAAUGUGCAGAUAACAGCAACACGGUAGAUGGAUAA